ACGAGACACCUCCCAUUUCCACCUUCAUCUAAAACUCUCACUUCCUCCAUCACAUAAAGAGAUCUACCCUAGACUACCGGCUCCUACUCAUCUCUGGCGACACAGCAGAACCAAGCAGGGAGCCUGACUGAGCAGAACAUUUCCCCAUCACUAAAACAGGUCACCAUGUCCAGGAAGGUAGUCAGGGCCAGUAAGUUCCGUCAUGUCUUCGGCCAGGGGGUGAAGGCUGACCAGUGCUACGAUGACAUCCGCAUCUCCCAGAUGACCUGGGACAGCAACUUCUGCUCUGUCAACCCCAAGUUCGUGGCCAUGAUUGUGGAUGCCAGCGGAGGAGGGGCCUUCCUAGUGCUGCCUCUGAACAAGACGGGUCGUAUUGACAUGUCCCAGCCCACAGUCUGUGGACACACGGGCCCAGUGCUGGAUAUUGAGUUCUGUCCCCACAACGACAACAUCAUCGCCAGUGGUUCAGAGGACUGCAGUGUCAUGAUUUGGGAGAUCCCGGAGGGUGGCCUGGUCACGCCCUUGAACGACCCCGUGGUGAAGCUGGAGGGGCACUCCAAACGCGUGGGCAUCCUCAGUUGGCACCCCACUGCCCACAAUGUGCUCAUGAGCGCAGGCUGUGACAACGUGGUGAUCCUGUGGAACGUGGUGUGUGGAGAGGCCAUGGUGAGGAUCGACUCGGUCCACCCUGACCUCAUCUACAGUGCCUGCUGGAACAGGGACGGCUCCCAGAUCCUCACCUCCUGUAAGGACAAGACCAUACGUGUGCUGGACCCCCGCAAGGGCACAGUCAUCGCCGAGAAGGAGAAGACACACGAAGGCUCCAGGCCUGUCAAGGCUGUGUUUGUGUCCGAUGGGAAGAUCCUGAGCACCGGCUUCAGUCGCAUGAGUGAGAGACAGGUGGCACUUUGGGACCCGAAGAGCUUUGGGGAGCCACUCACCCUGCAGGAGUUGGACACCAGCAGUGGUGUCCUAUUGCCCUUCUUUGACCCUGACACUGGCGUCGUCUACCUCUGUGGCAAGGGUGACAGCAGUAUCCGGUACUUUGAGGUGACGGAUGAGGCUCCCUAUGUUCACUACCUGUCCAUGUACAGCAGUAAGGAGAGUCAGAAGGGCAUGGGCUACAUGCCCAAGAGGGGCCUGGAGGUCAACAAGUGUGAAAUCGCCAGGUUUUACAAGCUCCAUGAGAGGAAGUGCGAGCCCAUUGUCAUGACGGUGCCCCGCAAGUCUGACCUGUUUCAGGAGGAUUUGUACCCAGACACCAUGGGUCCAGAGCCGUCUGUGGAGGCCAAUGAGUGGUUUGAAGGCAAAGAGGGCCAACCUAUCCUGAUCUCCUUGAAGGACGGUUUUGCGACAACCACCAAAUCCAAAGAGUUCAAAGUUCACAAAAGUCUUCUGAAGACCACAUCAGCAGCCAUGGGGCAUCAGCACGGUAACACUGGGGAGGUACAUGCCUUGCAGAAGGAGGUGAAGGCUCUGAAGGAAACAGUAGAGGAGCUGACCAAGCGCGUGAGCGAACUGGAGAGCAAGAAUUGAAACAGAGCCCUUGGGGUCGAGAUGGAGCUGAUGGAGAGAGAGAAGGAGGUGUAAAGAGGAGAAGAUAAAGAGGAGAUGAAAGUCAAAUAGUUAUAAAUAGUUGGGGAUGUUUGAAGGAAAGAUGUUUAAAGGGAGAGUUGGAGACAGGAUCCAUCAAUAUCAGCAGCCAAAUAUUUUUGGGUCUGGAAGCUUGAAUUUGUUUUGUUGGUGUCAGUUUUCCCAUUUAUAGAGACUUGUUUUUAAUAUAUGCUCUUACAUAGUUGGAAAUAAAAGUCCUUAAUAUUAUCCAAACUA